AUGUCGAUGCAGAGUGGUAGCUUCCGAUUCCUCAACCUCAUCAAGCCGGUGAUGUGCGUCCUUCCGGAGGUGGAGGCUCCCGACCGUAGGAUUCCUUUCAAAGAGAAGAUUUUGUGGACGUCCAUCUCCCUGUUUGUGUUCCUAGUUUGCUGCCAGAUUCCGCUCUAUGGUGUGCUGACCUCCAAGAGCUCCGAUCCCUUCUACUGGAUGCGAGUCAUCCUAGCUUCGAAUCGAGGCACUCUCAUGGAGCUUGGAAUCUCGCCAAUCAUUACCUCCGGCAUGGUGAUGCAGCUCUUAGCCGGCAGCAGGAUCAUUGACGUGGACCUGACUCUCAAGGAGGAUAAGAUCCUUUUCCAGGGCGCGCAGAAGCUGUUCGGCAUGCUGAUCACCAUGGGAGAGGCCGUGGCUUACGUCAUGAGUGGCAUGUACGGCAGCCUGCGGGAGAUUGGAGCUACUAGCGCCAUCUUGAUCAUCCUGCAGCUCUUCUUUGCCGGGAUUGUUGUUAUCCUCUUGGACGAGCUGAUGCAGAAGGGCUAUGGCAUGGGUUCCGGAAUCUCGCUUUUCAUCGCGACGAACAUCUGCGAGAGCAUCAUCUGGAAGGCAUUCUCCCCAACGACCAUGAAUACUGGCAAGGGAACCGAGUUUGAAGGUGCCAUCGUUGCAACCUUCCACUUCAUGGCAUCGAGGAGCGACAAGCUGGUGGCCUUGAAGGAGGCCUUCUACAGACAAUCUGCGCCGAAUCUCACGAACCUCUUCGCCACCGUCCUCGUCUUCUUCAUCGUGAUCUACUUCCAAGGUUUCAAAGUCGACCUGCCGGUGAAGUACCAGAAGAUGCGAGGAUCGCAGGGCUCCUUCCCCAUCAAGCUGUUCUACACGUCCAACAUUCCCAUCAUCCUGCAGACAGCGCUGGUCUCGAAUCUCUACUUCCUGUCUCAGCUGCUUUACAGGCGCUUCAAGUCGAACAUGCUCGUGAACUUGCUCGGCCAAUGGCAGGAGGCAGACUUUGGCGGUCAAUCCGUGCCGGUGGGAGGUUUUGCCUACUACAUUUCGCCACCCUCCAGUGUCUCCAACAUUUGGGAGGAUCCGAUUCAUGCAUUGAUCUACGUGUCCUUCGUCCUGAUCUCCUGCGCGCUCUUCUCCAAGUUCUGGAUCGAGGUGUCUGGGUCCUCGCCCAGGGACGUGGCGAAGCACCUGCGAGAUCAGUCCAUGGUCUUCAAAGGCCACAGAGAAGAGUCCCUGUUGAAGGUUCUGGACAUGUACAUCCCUACUGCUGCCGCCUUUGGAGGCAUGUGUAUCGGGAUGCUGACCAUCAUGGCAGACUUCCUGGGAGCGAUCGGCAGUGGCACGGGCAUCUUGCUGGCGGUCACCAUCAUCUACCAGUACUUCGAGAUGAUCUACAAGGAGAAAGAGCAGGGCAACAUGCUCUUCUGA